ACAAAGUGUUGUUGACCUGACCCGGACAAUUAAAAAAGACAUCUGCAUACCGAUGCACCGGUGGUGCGUUCGGCGACAUAUGGAAGUGUUACUGGUUCAGUGACCCCGAAGAUGAUGGCCCAGAGCUGGUUGCUGUGAAGGCGAUGAGAACCAAUAUCAUGAAUGAAAAGGUGAAGGAGAAAAUGAGCGCUUUCAUCGGGAACUGGGGGUGUGGAAGCGGUUGGAUCACAAAAAACAUCACGCCCUUGUAUGGAAUAGCCUUCGGCUUCAGGUUUUACCCGAUGGUAUGCCCAUGGGCACCCAAUGGCGCACUUAGUCAAUAUUUGCAACUUCACCACUCAACACUUCCUUUGGCUGAAAUGUUCCAGAUCCUUGACGACGUGGCGAGCGGAUUACAAUAUUUACACAGCAACCACGUUACCCACGGUGAUCUGACUGGGAACAAUAUUCUGAUGUUUGGCGAUGGUGGAGCUCUUAAGGAAUUGUGGGGUUCCGAUUAUUUCACCUGGUCUGCCCGAGGGACUCUCUGGUGGGCUGCGCCUGAACUUUUCCAGUGUGACGAAGAAAGUGGGGUGACGGGAUUUGCGGAAUCGCCAAGUGACGUAUACUCGUUUGGCAGCAUCAUUCUCCAGGGAGUUGUACCUUUCGUUUGUGGGAAUCAUCAAACAUCAGUAUCUUCAAUCGGGAGGAGAAACCGUACAAUAGCCACGCGGGAAUGGGUAAUGUACCAAGAGGUACGGGAAGCCUCUAGGUGAACACGGACAAUAAUAUCUGAUGGUCCUGAGACCGCCGUCCUCGCUGGCUGACAUCAUACAAUCAAAUUCAGAGUCAAAACAUACAUGCAGGGUGUUCGACAGAGAG